AUGUCGAAGAAGAACCUCUGGUUCGCCGCGGCCGUGGCACUUCAGACUGGGGCAACAUUCGGCUACUCGGUUGGAUUCGUCGGUGGUGUACUUGUCCUUCCUUCCUUCCUCCGACAUUUCCAUCUCGACACUGCUUCUACGCAUGAUCUGGCUCGUGCGCAGUCCGUCAUUGUUUCCUCAUGGAUCGUAGGUGCUUUCUUCGGCGUGCCGACGGGUAUUCCAAUAUGCUCGCGCUAUGGUCGCAAACCGUGUCUGGUAUUUUGUGCUGCCCUUUACCUGCUGGGAGCUGUGCUUCAAACGAUUAAUGCUGGGUCGUCGAUCGGGCUCUUUGAAUUGGGGAGGUUAUUGAAUGGAUUUGGUGUCGGCGCUGGGACUUUGGUGUCUCCCGUAUACAUCUCUGAAAUCUCAUCACCAGCAGAUAGGGGGAUGUUGAUGUCUGGUUAUCAAGUCGUUAUUCAGGCCACUGCCCUCGUUGGAUUUUGGGCUGCGUAUGCUGCAAACGCCGUGAUCGAGAACGCGUUUGACCUACAGUGGCAGAUACCCGUGGCGAUCCAACUGAUACCAGGAUUGGUGCUGCUUCUUGGUACAUUUUUCAUACCAGAAAGCCCGCACUACAUUGCGGGGAAAAGAACUAUAUUUGAAGUCGAGCAGACUCUAGCCUGGCUACGAGGUCGACCAUAUGGCGAUUCCCUCGUCACUCGGGAAGCCAGGGAGAUUUACGACUCCGGCCUGGCUGCCAAACGAAGACAAGCUCUACAACCCGUGUCUUUCACUCGUGCUGCACUGACGAAUCCUGUGCGAAAGAGACUCCUGGUCGGAAUUGGCCUGUUUAUCACCCAGAAUGCCACCGGGAUGAAUGCACUAAACUAUUUCGCGCCAGUUGUCUUCCUCAGCAUCGCCAAGUCCGUCUCCGGGGCGCUUUUCCUGACAGGGAUAUUCGGCGCCGUGAAACUCAUCUCGGCCUUCUCAUAUAUGUUCUACUGCGUACGCGUCUCCACAAACAGAUUCUGGCUGCUCAGCGGCACAGCCAUUUGCGCCAUUUGCAUGUUCAUCCUGGGCUACUGCGCUGCACCGGAACCCGAAUCUACAGACCCCGGGCACUCGGCGCAUCUAACGAUAAGAGGAGCAUCUGCCGUGGCCAGCGUCUACAUAUUUGCGUAUUUCUUCGGCCUCUCAAGCGGACCGAUCGCAUGGAACGUCUGCAGCGAGAUCUUCCCCUCCCACCUGAAUGCCAAAUGCUGCGCGAUAACCACAUGUACGCAAUGGGCAUGCCAAAUUAUCAUUGCUGCCGUCACGCCGAUCUUGCUAGCAUCGAUUGGAACACUGACAUUCACCGUCUUUGGUGCAUGCACAGUCCUGGGCUUCGUUUUUUGCUGGGCCUGUGUUCCCGAGACGCGGGGUGUCGCUCUGGGGAAGGAGAUGUCGAUCGCGUUUGGACAGGACGUGAAGGAUGACGAGGCUGGUGCGGUCGAGGAGAUUAGAGAUCUUGCUGAUGAGGUCACGCCUUUACUUGUUGAUCGGAAGCGGAGAAGGAGAAGCUCCGUGGCCAUUGUGGUCUGA